UGCCAAUGAGGAGGCAGGUGUCCAGAAACCACAUAAAUACCAUUAGCACAAUUUCACCACAGCAUCUAAGGAGUUAACCUACAAGAACCGGACAUUUCUCUGUUCCUGGCUCUUAGAGGAGGAGGCCCUGCUGUCAUACAACAGCUGAGUUCCUGCAAUAUUUGGCCCAGGAGAUGAGUGCAUGGCUACUUCUGCCCCAUCAACCAAAAGACUCAUUGUGGUCAUUAAAGGGUUAAGUUGGUACGAAAUCUCUGGAGCCAUGUUCUCUGCCUUUAUAAAUCUCCUCCCUUUAGGAACCACUCCAAGUUUUGGGAAGAAAACACAGGCACGGCUUUCAGUGCAACCAAUCUCAUAUAAGAACAACCUAAACAAUUGCUCAGUGUGAUCUAAAAAGUCCACUACUGAUAUCCUGUUUACUAAGGCAUUUCAGGUCAACUCUUUUACAUAACGCUUCACGGGCCGUUUUGCUCUCGAACUAGACUAUAAAGAGCAGUCACUGACAAAAGAGAACCUGGAAAGCAUCAAGUCGGCUUCCAAAGUUUCCUCAGAAGACUAGAAUUACCAUUUCCAUCAUGUGGCUGCUUGUGUUGGUGCUGUUGGUUAUGCUGUUGGCAUACAGAUGGUACAGGCAGAGUCAGAUAUUAGAGAAUCUUUCAGAUAAAUAUGUCUUUAUUACCGGAUGUGACACUGGAUUUGGCAACGUGUUGGCCAAGCAAUUGGACAAACGUGGAAUGAAGGUUCUGGCAUCUUGCUUGACUGAGAAAGGAGCUGAGAACCUGAAGAAGGAGACAUCUAGUAGGCUAAAAACUACGAUAUUAGAUAUUUCUGACAGCAAGAAUGUGAGUGAUGUCGCUGAUUGGGUGUCUCGCAUUGUUGGAGACAAAGGACUCUGGGGUCUGGUGAAUAAUGCUGCCAUUCCAGGUCAAAUGGCUCCUCUUGGAUGGCAGAAAAAAAAUGACUUUGUAAAGGUUCUGGAAGUGAAUGUUCUGGGGUUUAUUGAUGUGACCCUGACAUUACUGCCUCUGAUCAGGAAAACCAGAGGAAGGAUUGUAAAUGUUUCCAGCAUUGUUGGCAGAAUGCCUCUUAUUCCAGGUGGUUACAAUCUCUCAAAAUAUUGUGUGGAAAACUUCUCAGAUCUUUUAAGGCAGGAACUUAAUGAUUUUGGAGUUAAAGUUUCGAUAGUUGAGCCAGGGGCUUUUAAUACAGCCCUUACUAUCUUGCCUUACAUUAAGAAGAGUAUGGAGGAGAAAUGGCAGAUGUUGCCGGCUGAGACUAAGAAGAUCUAUGGAGAACAAUACUUAAGAAAACACCAACAAAACAUGGAACAGCUGGUUACAACAAGUUCUCCUAAAAGUUACUUGGUGACAAAUUGUAUAGAGCAUGCACUGACUGCAUGUCACCCCUGGACAAGAUACUCGGCUGGACUGGAUGCUAAACUAUUCUACAUCCCUCUUUCCUAUUUCCCAACAUUUAUUAUUGAUUAUAUGGCAUCAAGAAAUGCACCUAAACCUGCGCAAGGAGUUCAUUGAUAUACAGGAGCACAUAGAUGUUUUGCUGCCAAAAAUAUUCCUUUAAUUGCAAUUUUGCUAACUUUGAUGGCUAUGAAUGAGAAGAUAAGAUAAAGGCUUUUCAUAUGGACAGCGCUCAAAUAUUUUUUACUUUACUGUCGAUAAAAUUGACUAAUAUUUAGCUUUUUCUGCAAGUUUAUCACAAUAAGAUGGGAAUGUAAGGUACUUUUGCCACUACAGCUAUAAAUAAAUGGACAGUAAACAAGUAAAUGUUUAUUUUCUCUUGUU